AUCGCCUAAGACAACAACAAGAGCAAAACAACCAACAAACCUAUAGUGAAUUAGCAAAGAAAAAUAUUGAAAACGAUUAUAAUUCGAUUGCAAUGAAAGAAGAUAUUGAAGACAUGAUUGCAAAAAUGAAGAGAACACCACCUGCUGAUAUUCCAAAAGACGUCGCAGAGCGCCAGGAAGCACUCAUUGUUUGCUACAGGAAUAAUCAAACAAGACCCUUAGACUGUUGGGCAGAAGUAGAAGAGUUCAAAAAUGUAGUAGCACACGAACAAAGAAAGUUUGUGGCCAACCAUCAACGUUAAUCAAUAAAGUUUAUUAUUGUUUGUUGUAAAGCUUGAUGCCAUGAAGGUGUUUUUUCUAAUAUCUUGAGUCUAUGU